CAUUUGAAGCUGCAUCACAACAAUUCCCGAAAAUUCCUGAAAAAAACCAAAAUUUUAGCAGAAAAUCAUCAAAUUUAGAGGAAAAAAUGUCAACAAAACCGAAUGUGAGUCUCGAUGCUCGCAGCGAACUAGCGGAACUGAUAAAAAGGAAGGCGGAAAUUACGGAGACUUUGGCGAAUCUGGAACGACAAAUUUACGCAUUUGAAGGUUCCUACUUGGAAGACACCCAAUUGUAUGGGAAUAUCAUUCGCGGGUGGGAUCGUUAUUUGACCUCUAAUAAAAUCACGUCGAAAACUGACAAAAGAAAUCGCAAGUUCAAGGAUGCCGAACGGUUGUUCUCGAAAAGUUCAAUCACAUCGAUGGCGGCGGUAAGUGGGUUACUUGACAUCAACGAUCAGAAAAGUGAGAAGAGUGACGCUGAAUAUAAUACGAAUGAGGAUUCAAAUGAUCAAACGCUGGUUGGAAGUUACAGCAAUAACGAUUCUCUCAUGAAUACGACUCUGAAACAGGAGAAAGAUAGCAAUCAUGAUUCCAGUAUUUUAGGUUUAAAUGACACAAAGCCAAGCACUCCAAAUCGCGAUCUGUCGUCGCCGAGUGUCGGCAUGAAACACAAGCUCAACAGCAGUACGGGUUCAACAUCAUCUGCCAAGAAGGGAAAUGCCAACAAAAAAGCUCGCCAUCGUUAAGGACACU